AUGUCUCACUUGAGGGUUUCCAGCGGUAAUGCUGCUACCAGAAACACGAUUAAAGAACAAAAUGAGUCAACGGAUCGAAACGAAACGGAAAUUAUUUGGGUCCAAAAGAACCGCGUUGGAUUAACGUUACGUGAUGCAAUUGAAGAAUUAAAACAUUGUUGCAUAGUGUUGCAUUUGUCGCAAAAAUGCGAUGAGCGUUUAGGAAUUCCGGUUCAACACGCAAACACGGAAAAAUAUACCUUAAUAGCCAGACAUGGUUCCAGCGAUAAUCUAAAAGCAAUGGUUACCUUGCUUGACGACAAUGUAAUUCAAGCAGAAGUUACAAUAAAGUAUCCAAAAGCUGCUGGUGGUUAUUAUCGGGCCGUCGCGCAACCAGAUGUUCAAUGGAAACUUCAACAAUUGCAGGAUUUGGGAAAUCAUAUUGCCCGAGCAACUGUGGGUCUUUGCGAAAUGCGAGUGUUUUUAGAUGCUCUUUCAAAUUUUUCAAAAGAAAGUGGUUCCAAGAUUCUAUCGGAAUUGAAACAUAUAAAAAAUGAAAUUUGUCAGGCGAGAUUGGCGAUUCAGCUGCCACGUAAAAGAAGUCUAUUAGAGUUGUGCUAUUUCCCACCAACUCGCAAGUUUGUUCCACCACUUCCACAAGAUCAACUCCUUUCCUUCUAUAUUUCCAGCUGCAGAUUGGUAUGCGCUUCGUACCAAAUGGUCCCAAAGAAUGUAAAUCCACAAGGCCUUUCCAUUCACAUGGCUGAAUGUCAGUUGCCACAUCUCGAUGAGAUACUUCGUCGCUUGAAUCUUGCGAUGAAUUGCAUGCAAACACUCAUAGGAUAUAUGGAUAUGCUUUGA